AUGGAUUUUCCAUUCCUUCAAUCCCAAAUUUCAGAAUAUUCCUUAGAAUCACGGGAUAAUUUUCUCUUUGAACAAAAUUCGCUUCCAUUUAAUCUCAACGAUUCCGAAGAAAUGCUCCUUUUUGGGGUGCUAGCAGAGGGCUGCGCCACCGUAAGGGAGUCGUCCGAAUCCAAUUCCGCCGUUGGAAGUUGUAAAGAGGAAGAGUUCACCUCGAAUGUGAAGAAAGAAGUAGAAAAGGAAAAAUCAUACAGAGGUGUGAGGCGGCGGCCGUGGGGCAAAUACGCUGCGGAGAUAAGGGAUUCGACUAGGAAUGGAGUUCGAGUUUGGCUUGGGACUUUUGAUUCCGCAGAGGCCGCCGCCUUGGCCUAUGAUCAAGCGGCGUUUUCGAUGAGGGGUACGAGGGCGUUGCUCAAUUUCCCGGUGGAGAGAGUUAAGGAAUCACUUCAAGAAAUGAAGUAUAGAUUUGAAGAAGGGUGUUCGCCGGUGAUCGCAUUGAAGGAAAGACAUUCAAUGAGGAUUAGAAAGAAGAAAAUUAAAGAAUCAAAGGCAGAAAAUGUAGUAAUUUUAGAGGAUUUGGGAGUUGAAUAUUUGGACACCCUUUUGAGUUCGUCAUCUUCAGAGUGUGCUGGAACUUGGUGA